CCUUAUCAGUAUCGUUGUUAUGCAUUUCUAAUGCUUUUUUGCAGUUUGCAAUGGUGUAUCCUGUCUUUUUUCUCAGUUUUGCCAGUAAUGAAGAAUCUGCAGCUCUACACACAGGUGCUAUGUGCAAUCUUCGAACUAACUGGAAUAUCAUCUGUAAUGGUUAAUAUUUACAACUUCAAAUGAUGUGCGUUAUUGUGCAGAGUGGGUUAGAUGAAAUGGUCUGAAAUGUGCAAUAUGAUUAUUUAAACUAGCAUUUACAACCAAUAAUUGAAUGAAGGAAUCAAAUACAUUUAGAUUUCAUAAAUUGCAAUAUAGAUUUCCAUUUCCAAGCAUUAUACACAAAUGUAUGAAUCUGCUAUCUGUAUUGCAGAUUUUACCAGACUACACUAAAUUUCAGAAAUUUUGCUUUAAAGUUAUUAGUUAGAUGCUAAAAUGUGACUUACACAAAAAUAAACUGUUACAGAAUGCUUUUAACACAUAACACAAAUAAGAAACACUUUGUACAGUAUUGAGAAAUGGUUUCAUGUGAUAAACACCAUGCUCAUUAAAGUAUGACAUCAUCAUCUGCUCAAUCAAGGGCACUAGAAGCUACCUAUAUUUAACCUAGGCAAGGUUAUAAAAGCUUGUAGCAUUUUCCACAAUUUUACCUUAGAAUAUACCUCUAGCCUUUGCUUCAUAUUUCACCUACAAUAUUUACAAAUUCGUGUUAUCCCUCAAAAGUUUGUGUUGCAUUCAAAAGAAUAUUCAUUCAUUCAAUAGAAAAAUAGAUUAGAAUAUUCUCAAUAUAUAAUCUCUUUGGACAGCGCGGUUUAAUUUAAUAUAAUCAAAAACAAAACAUCCAUUGGUUAAAAACUAUUUAGGAGAUCGAUUUUACAAAAUCUCUAUAGCAACAAAUAACGACAUUUCAAUCAAUUUAACAGCUAAACGUCUGUAUCACUCAGGUGUAUCACCUUAUUGUUUGAUAUUGGUUUUUUUGGGUGCGCUUUUAUUAGUUUUGCUUUGGUUAUAGCUAUGGGUGAUUAAAAUUGUAGCUCAUACAAAUCUUGACGUAACCCCUUUAAAGAUUAUACACAGUGCAUUACUAACCUUUUCGAGUAACCAGCGGCCUAAGUAUGCAGCGACCUAAACAAACCCGUAAGAAAAGUCACCCAGAGCCUUCCUCUUCGGAAGCAAAGCUCCCUAAACUACCCAAGAUCUCCAUGCCCGAGGACUUUAAGAUUCGGACCCGGCCGUUAUUUUCGUUGCCCGAGGAGGUCUUAAAAUUACCUCCACCGACAUCGAAAGCAGCGAAAAUACAAGCUGCUAAAGCUGCCUCUACAGGAAAAAGAAGAAAACCUUCUAGUGUUAUGCAAAGCUUCACUGCUAUGAGAAAGGCGCGUGAGGAAUUCAGAGAGAAACUCAUGAAAUUGAUAUGCCAAAACGCUCCCGGCGAAGAUGGGGACAGUAUUCCAUCCGGGGAGGAGAAAAACAUGCUGCGCUAUUAUUAUUACCUGCGUUAUGGGAUAGACACUAUACAUGUUGCCCCUUUAGACAAUAGAAUCAUAUUGCGAGUUCAUAAUUUAAUCUCGCCUAAAUUGAAAAAAUGGAAGGAUACCUUGUUCACGUGUACUGACGAGAUGCGGGAAGACUUCAUGAUGAGCAUGAAAAAGGCCAUAGUGGACUUCGUUCUUAAGGACCCUAAUACGGAAGAAUCUUUAGAAGAAGAAGACACUCCUUUGAAACAAGAACUAUCAAAAAAAGAUGACGCUUGGAGAAACCGCUAUGCUGUCGCUCAUAAGUAUCUUACCAGAAACUUACAUACUGUUAAUCCAUGUAUAUCACAGGUUUUGCAAAUAUGGUGGAAGCAAUUUAACGAAUUACGGUUGGUUAGUACGAAGGAUAUAAUGAUGACUAACGAAUCGUACGAUUUACAAGAUUUUAGUUUCGUUUGCAAGAGGCAUAUUGAUGCUGCUGGAAAUGUUCUCACCAUGCAAUGGAUACCUACAAUACAGGCGGUUUUCUUACAGGGAAAUAAGAAGAAACAGAUUCCGGACUCGAAACAAACAGCUAAGAUGAAACGUUUUUAUAAUUGCUUAGCGUGUAUUAUGACCUACAAUCUUCAGACGUUGUGCUUGAAAUCAAUGAAAGAUUAUACUGAAUACAUACUUGACGUUGGGGGCAAAAAUCAAGGCUUUGUCAUCAACCUCGCUUUUCAAAACGAAGCUAUAGAAUUUGAACCAUCUUUUAAGCAAUUUAAAGAUCAACUUUGUUUGCUGUAUGAUUUCCUAAUUGAUGCCUGUCGACAAUGUCCUCGUUUAGAGACGCUACUUUAUCAAGAUUACGAUCCUAGUGAAUCCACUACACUGAAACCAAUAAUAGACGAAGAUUUGGUCGAUGAUUACAAAAAGCUCGUAGCUGAACUGAUAAGUGAGCAAAGGAUUGGUCCUGAGUUGAGGGUUCAAGAUUUCGAUGAUUAUGUUUGUCUCCUUAAUGGCGACUCUAUGAAAAAAGUGGAGGAUUUUAUAAAUGCGCGGCCCGAGAAAACAUUUGAGGAAUUUUGUGCCGAAUCUGUGCAAUUUGUGGAACUUGCACGGGAGAUACCUUCGAAACUCGAAGGUACAAUAAUGAUCGGGAUGUUCCGUAUGCAGAGGGGAGACUUGAUCAACUCGCUCCGUAGCGCUGCUACGAGAAUGGCCAACAUGUUGUUACGGAGAAUGACGGAGGACUACCAAAAUAUGAUUAAAGCAAUUUUCGAUGAAUAUUCUAUGAUAGCUAACACUUUACUCACGCCGCCUCCGGACACGGCUGCAUUGAUGGAUCUCAUGGCAUAUUGUAAAAAGACAGAGGAUGUACUACUUGAUGAAAUGGAAGAAAAAUUGCGAAAUGUGCUGCGCUACAUUAUGUUCUUGGGAGAUUACACUACGUUCACUCCGCUUGAAAUGAAGGCUAACAACCAGACAUUCCAUUGGUAUGCUAGAAUGCCAGGCAUUAUUGAUGAAUGUAAAUUAAUUUGUGAUCAGAAGAAGGUUGAAUAUCAAGAGCUAUUAAAGGCUCGUAUUUCUAAAUUCAUUGAUGAUUUAAAUGUAUACGAAAUACAAUGUAACGAAGUGCAGUAUUGGGGUGAUAUCCACGAACUACCUAAAUAUGUCAGUCGAGCCCGUCAUUUGGAUGAAAAGUUAGCUGGUGCGUUAGAAAAAAUCGAUCAAUUUAAUGAGGAAGAGGCAUCAUUUGGCUAUGAGUUGUCUCAGUAUCCAAAAAGGAAGGCUAUAUUUGACAAACUGGUGCCUUACAAAAAACUUUUUGAUGCGGGCUUCGACUUUUUGGGGAAAUAUAACAUAUGGAUGUCAUCAAAGGUGGGAAGUUUCGAUCCAGAAGAUAUAGAAAGUGACGUCGGCUAUUUUUACAAAAUUGUUUAUAAACUAGAGAAACAGUUUCAAGAAGUGCCAGAUACCCAUAGACUUGCGGUUUCUGUCCGCGAAAAGAUGGACGACUUCAAGACAAAUUUGCCAAUAAUUCAAACUCUCGGAAAUCCUGGUAUGAAAGCCCGCCAUUGGGAAAAAGUGUCAGAAAUAGUUGGUUUCCCAAUAGUUGUGGACGAUGAACUCUCACUGGAGAAAGUUAUUGACUUUAAUCUUGUGGAGUAUAUUGAGAAAUUCGAGAGCAUAUCGGAAGCAGCUACCAAAGAAAACAACUUAGAAAAGGCACUCGAUAAAAUGAUGAAAGAAUGGGCGGAUCUGAGAUUCGAUAUAUUAAGUUACAAGGAUACCGGAACGUAUAUCUUAUCGAGUGUUGACGAAAUUCAGCUAUUGUUGGAUGAUCACAUAGUGAAGACGCAGACUAUGAAAAACUCUCCUUACAUCAAACCUUUCGAGGAAAUAAUUUACGACUGGGAGGGUAAACUAAUUCUUCUGCAAGACAUUUUGGACGAGUGGCUCAAAGUGCAGGCCACUUGGAUGUACCUUGAACCAAUAUUUUCAUCUCCUGACAUUCAGCAGCAAAUUCCAGAGGAAGGUCGUCGGUUCAGCGCCGUUGAUAAGAUGUGGCGUGAAAUAAUGAAAGCUGCGUCUAGCGAACCAAGAGUUCUCGAUGUAAUCACAAUUGAGAAAAUGUUAGACCGUUUACGUAAAUCCAAUAACCUGCUGGAGAUGGUACAACGCGGUCUAAAUGCAUAUCUAGAGAAGAAACGACUUUAUUUCCCGCGCUUCUUUUUCUUGUCUAAUGAUGAACUCCUUGAGAUCUUAUCUGAAACCAAAGAUCCAAUGCGUGUGCAGCCUCAUUUGAAGAAGUGUUUCGAGGGAAUAGCUAAGCUGAGUUUCACUGAAGACAUGGUGGUGACACAUAUGAGGUCUUCGGAAGGAGAACUUGUUAUGCUGACGAUGACGAUCAAUACAGCAGCUGCUAGAGGACAGGUAGAAAAAUGGUUGCUAGAAUUGGAGAAGGCGAUGAAAGCAUCUGUCCACUACGUAGUUGGAAAUUCGUAUGACGACUACAUCCAACGGCCACGACAAGAUUGGGUGAUCAAGUGGCCAGGACAAGCAGUUCAAUGUAUAGCAAUGACGUUCUGGACUUCGGAAGUGACGGAGGCUAUUCAUAUUAAUAUCCCGGCCAUGAGAGCUUACUGGGACAAAUGCAAUUACCAGAUAUCAAAGAUCGUAGACUUGGUGCGUGGAGAGCUAAGUCUUCAGAAUAGAAUUACUCUCGGUGGUGCUCCUGAGGGUCCUGCAGGUACCGGUAAAACAGAAACAACCAAAGAUUUAGCGAAGGCCGUUGCGAAACAGUGCGUAGUGUUCAAUUGCUCCGAUGGUCUCGACUAUCUUGCGCUUGGAAAGUUCUUCAAGGGUCUAGCAUCCUGCGGUGCAUGGUCAUGCUUUGACGAGUUCAAUCGCAUCGAUCUGGAAGUGCUAUCAGUUGUAGCGCAGCAGAUCCUCUCCAUCCAGCGGGGAAUCAACUCCGGCUCCACGGAGUUGUUGUUCGAAGGCACUCUGCUACAACUAGACAAAUCCUGCGCCGUAUUUAUCACUAUGAAUCCUGGUUACGCAGGACGAUCUGAACUACCGGACAAUCUAAAGGCGCUAUUCCGUUCAGUAGCUAUGAUGGUACCAGAUUACGUUCUCAUCUCUGAGAUAGAACUUUACGCUUUCGGCUAUCUGAACGCAAAACCAUUGGCAGUCAAGAUUGUCGCCACCUACAAGCUGUGCUCAGAACAACUUUCAUCACAGAGUCAUUACGAUUACGGUAUGCGCGCUGUAAAAUCAGUUCUACGAGCGGCCGGAGCAUUGAAGCUGCGGUAUCCAGAUGAGGAUGAGGAUGUGAUUCUUCUUCGCUCCAUCAAGGACGUUAAUUUGCCUAAAUUCCUUGAGCAUGACGUACCGUUAUUCAUGGGUAUUAUUGGAGAUUUGUUCCCGGGUCUACCACUUCCACCGGCUGGCUUGCCACAUUUGGUAGCUUGCUUAAAGGAAGUAUGCGUUCCACUUAACCUUCAAGUCAAUGACUUCUUUAUAGAAAAGGUACUACAACUGUAUGAAAUGAUCUUAGUGCGGCAUGGACUUAUGUUGGUCGGAUUGCCAUUCUCUGGCAAGACAAAGUGCUAUCACGCUCUUGGACAUGCUUUAGGGUUGGUUCAUGAAAAGAAAUUAAUGGAUGAGAACCCAGUAGAAUGGACAGUGAUAAACCCAAAGUCGAUCACGAUGGGGCAACUGUACGGACAGUUCGACCCCGUAUCCCACGAGUGGUCUGAUGGCAUACUGGCCGUCAGUUACAGAGCAUUUGCUGUUUCUACCAAUGAUAACAGAAAAUGGCUAGUUUUCGACGGUCCUGUGGACGCUAUAUGGAUUGAGAAUCUGAAUACAGUAUUGGAUGACAACAAGAAACUGUGCCUCAUGAGCGGCGAGAUUAUCCAGUUGGCACCGACCACGAACCUGUUGUUCGAGCCGAUGGACUUGGAAGCGGCUUCGCCAGCUACGGUAUCUCGUUGCGGCAUGAUCUACAUGGAGCCCAAGGGUCUUGGGUGGAAGUGUUUGCUGGAGUCGUGGCUGAACACCCUGCCGCCGACCCUGCACAGCGUCAACCGGAACCUUAUCCGGACGCUCUUCAACAGAUUUAUGUCACCGCUGCUGUGGCUUGUCGAACUUUCGGGAAAAGCUAAGCAAAUGUAUGUAACAUCUCGAACCAACAUGAUGGUGUCGUGCAUGAGAUUGUUUGACUCGUUCAUGGAUGAUUUCUACGAUGAGAAGUACGUUGAGCAGAUAUCAGAUUUGGAUAUAAGAGCUCAACUGGAGGGUGUCUUUUUCUUUUCUUGCAUUUGGUCUGUUGGAGCUACUCUUGAAGCUGACAGUAGACCGAGAUUCGAUAUGAUGUUCAGAGGACUACUGGAAAAAGAAUUCCCUGAAUCUGUUAUAGAAAAAUUAGGAUAUCCUAGAGAAAUUACUAAACCAGAAAAACAGUACAUAUUCAUGUUGCCUAAAGAUGGACUUGUCUAUGAUUAUCGAUUUAUCAAAGAGGGUAAAGGCAAAUGGAAGCCAUGGUACGACGAUGUAGUGUCAGCGCCGCCGAUCAGUAGAGAUACUCCACCGAACCAGAUCCUAGUUACAACCCUUGACAGCGUUCGUUACCUGGCUCUCUUCAAACUGUUGGUCACCCAUCACAAGGCCGUCAUGAUGGUCGGACCCACAGGCACCGGGAAAUCUUCGUACAUCAUUGACUUUUUGGUGAAAAGAGUGGACACGAAAGUUUACAAAGCACUCAUAAUGGCAUUUUCCGCGCAAACAAACUGUAAUCAGACUCAAGAUAUUAUCAUGGGAAAGUUAGACAAGAGGAGAAAAGGAGUUUUCGGCCCUCCCAUCGGAUGCUACAGCGUUGUAUUCGUGGAUGAUGUGAGCAUGCCUCAAGCGGAAACUUAUGGCGCACAGCCGCCCAUAGAAGUGCUACGACAAGGCAUCGAUCUGGGACUGUGGUACGAUAGAAAGACCAACGUCGCUAUGCAUCUUAUUGAUGUCCAGUUCAUGUGCGCUAUGGGUAAACCGACACCUGGAGCUAAGCUUGUCACACCCCGAUUCUCACGACAUUUCUCAUUUUUCUGCAUCGAUGAGUUCGAUGACGACACAUUGAAAGUCAUCUUUGGGAGGAUUAUGUUGUGGCAUCUAGAUACAAGAGGAUUUUCUAAAGAUUUCGACCCAUGUAUUGAAGAAUUAGUGUCUGGAACGUUGGAAGUGUACAAACAGUGCCGAUUAAAUUUACUACCAACGCCAUCCAAAUCACAUUACACAUUCAAUUUGCGAGACUUUUCCAGAGUUAUAUUGGGUGUACUUUUGUCGGUACCAGAAGUUACACCCGACCUACAGUCCAUCAAGCGUCUCUGGGUGCACGAGUGUUUACGCGUAUUCUCUGAUCGGUUGGUGGAAGACACUGAUAGGCAGUGGCUGGUGAAAUGCCUUCGAGAGGCCACAGCCUCAUAUCUCAACGACGAUUUCGACAAGAUGCUAUCACGGCUGCUCGAAGGACCAGAUGACAAGGAGAUUACUGAUCUUCAUCUUCGUAAACUUAUCUAUUGCGAUUUUGCCAAUCCCAAAGUUGAUACUCGCUUCUAUAUGGAGACAACAAAUAUGGAACAUUUGAAUUCUACCGUGGAUGCCUUUUUGGUAGAGUUCAAUAAUAUGUCAAAGAAACCUAUGAACCUUGUGCUUUUUAGAUUUGCCAUUGAACAUGUGUCUCGAAUUUGCCGCAUACUUACACAGCCGAUGUCGCAUGCACUUUUAGUAGGGCUUGGUGGUUCCGGAAGGCAGUCGCUAACUCGUUUGGCAGCUCAUAUUAAUGAGUAUGACCUAUUCCAGGUGGAAAUGAGCCGAACUUACGGAAAAACCGAAUGGCGUGAAGAUUUGAAGACAUUAUUGCGAAAAUCGAGUACUCCAGAUUUAAUGAUGGUGUUCUUAUUUAUAGAAUCACAGAUCAAAGAAGAAGGUUUCCUGGAAGAUGUGAAUAACAUGUUGAAUUCAGGUGAAGUGCCUAAUAUAUUUGGUGCUGACGAAAAAGCGGAGCUUUGUGAAAAAAUGCGCGUCAUCGAUAGACAACGCGAUAAAUCACUACAAACUGACGGUAGUCCUACCGCCUUGUACGCGUACUUCGUAUCAAUAGUUCGGGACCAACUACAUAUUGUUCUGGCCAUGUCGCCCGCUGGUACUUCCUUACGUACAAGAAUCCGGAAGUUUCCAUCGCUAGUCAACUGUUGCACUAUCGACUGGUUCCAGGAAUGGCCGCCAGACGCUUUGCUGGCCGUGGCGACCCGUUUCCUUAAAGAAAUUGAGCUGACAGACUUGGAACGCAAUACCGCCAUCAAGCUCUGCCAGAUGUUCCACACCGAUACCCAGGAACUCUCGCGGCAAUUCUUGCUACGUCUCAAGCGAUAUAAUUACGUUACUCCCACUGCUUACUUGGAACUCAUCAAUAUGUUCAAAUCGCUGCUGGGCAAGAAACGCACUGAGUUGCUGACGAGUGAGAAGCGAUACAUUACUGGUUUAGACCAGUUGGCUAUAGCAGCCAAAUCAGUGGCGGCUCUCCAACAAGCGUUGGAAGUUUUACAACCCAAAUUAGCCGCCGGUGCCGCUGCCGUGGCUGAAACCACUGCCAAAGUGGAGAAGGAGAAGGAAGGAGUAGCUUUAGUGGAGGCAGAAGUACUGGUCGAUCAAGCAGCUGCCGAAGAACAGGCACAAGAAGCGCAAGCAAUCAAAGAUGAAUGCGACGCCGAUUUAGCGGAGGCAAUGCCGAUUCUAAACGCUGCGUUAGCGGCACUGGAUACUCUCACUCCCCAGGACAUUACCUUCAUCAAAACCAUGAAGAGUCCUCCCCGAGGAAUCAAGCUGGUCAUGGAAGCCAUAUGUAUAUUGAAGGAAAUGAAGCCUGAUAAGAUCCCAAAUCCAUCAGGAGUUGGUACAAUAGAAGACUAUUGGGGUCCGUCAAAGAAACUUCUAAACGACAUUAAAUUCCUCGAAGGGCUACAGAACUAUGACAAAGAUAAUAUCCCGCCGGCGGUCAUGAAGAAGUUGAUGACGACAGUGAUGCAAGAUGACGGUUUUGUGCCGGAAAAGAUCAGAACUGUAUCAGUUGCGGCUGAAGGCAUGUGUAAGUGGGUCAUUGCAAUGACGAAGUAUGACAAAGUGGCAAAGGUGGUAGCGCCGAAAAAACAAAGAUUAGCAGCGGCCCAAGCAGUUUAUGACAAGGCUAUGGCAGCACUUGCUAUCAAGCAAGCUCAACUGAAAGAGGUACAAUUAAAAUUGGCUAAACUGGAGUCUGCACUAGCUGAGCAAAGUAGACAACAAAAACUGCUAGAUGAUGAAGUCAUGGAUUGCAGCAACAAAUUGAAACGUGCAGAAAUGCUAAUCUCUGGGCUCGGUGGAGAAAAAACUAGAUGGACCCAAAUAGCAAAGGACCUCAGGACAACUUACAAUUCACUCACUGGUGAUAUAUUGAUUGCUGCUGGAAUCAUUGCAUAUUUAGGACCAUUUACAGCUAUAUUUAGACAUGGACAAGUACAGAAAUGGGCGAGAGCUUGUCAUGACUGUGGAAUCGUGUGCACUCUUAAUUAUAGUCUUAUCAAAUCUCUUGGAGAACCUGUCACCAUUCAGCAGUGGAAUAUCGAUGGCCUUCCUGCAGACGACUUCAGCGUUGAAAGCGCUAUCAUUAUUAUGACGGCACGUCGAUGGCCUUUAAUGAUAGAUCCUCAGGGGCAAGCAAACAGAUGGAUUAAGAACUUAGAGAAACCAAAUAAUUUGUGUAUAGUCAGGUUAACUCAAGCUGAUUUGGGACGAGUUUUGGAAAACGCUGUUCAAUUCGGUCAACCAGUGUUAUUGGAAAAUGUUCUUGAAGAAUUAGACCCCAUGUUGGAGCCUUUACUACAACAACAGACAUUCCGACAAGGUGGUGCUCUUUGUAUCAAAAUUGGUGAUACUAUUGUGGAAUAUAGCAAAGAGUUUAAAUUGUAUAUAAGUACAAAACUUGCAAAUCCGCAUUACCUGCCUGAAGUGGGUGUGCGUGUAACUUUAGUGAACUUUAUGUUGGCCAAAGAUGGCCUUCAAGCACAGUUAUUGGCAAGAGUAGUCGCUAGAGAGAGGCCAGAUUUGCAGCAAGCCAAAUCCGAUUUAACCACACAAGGAGCUGAGCAUAGACGACUAUUGCAAGAGAUCGAGAAAAAGAUUCUCAAUGUCCUUUCUACUUCUGAACACUUGUUGGAAGAUGAAGAGGCUGUGCAGAUCCUGAAUUCAGCAAAAGACACAUCGAAUGAGAUCAAAGAGAAACAAGAAGUUGCGAUGGUCACUGAAAAGGCUAUUGAUGAAGCCCGAGAUGCCUAUGUUCCUAUAGCUGUACAUUCUACAAAUUUAUUCUUCUUGAUUGCAUCGCUAUCAAACAUUGAUCCUAUGUAUCAGUAUUCGCUUGGUUGGUUCGAAGGAUUAUUUACGGCGGCUAUUGAUAACACGGAGAAAGUGGACGAAAUACCUGAACGAUUGACUAUAUUGCGCACUUAUUUCACUUACUCUCUAUACGCCAAUAUCUGUAGGAGUUUGUUCGAAAAGGACAAGUUAGUUUUCUCGCUUCUACUGACUAUCACAAUCAUGGUGGCAGAAGGUCAUCUAGAUCAGAACGACGUCCUAUUCCUGAUGGGUGGUGCACAACCACGCCAUGUAUUACCUAAUCCAGUAACUUUCCUGAGUCCGCAAAAUUGGGCUGAACUGAAUGGUCUCAAUGAAAUACAAAAAUUCCACGGUAUACUUGAUCACUUCCUUGCCAACAUUCCUGCUUGGGAGAAAUAUUGUGAUUCAUCAGAUCCUCAAAAUCAACCGCUCCCUGAACCUUGGAACACGAAACUUGACGCUUUUGAGAAACUUUUGGUACUCAGAUGUAUGCGAUUUGAUAUGAUGGUUCCGGGUGUGCAAAACUUUUGCGAAGCUAAAAUGGGCCGUCAAUUUGUGGAGCCACCUUUAUUCGACCUCGCAUCAUCUUAUGCCGAUUCUCAUUGCUGUAUACCACUAUUGUUUGUGUUAACCCCAGGGUCAGAUCCUAUGGGGACAUUACUGAAAUUUGCUGAUGACCAGGGUUUCGGUUCGUCAAGACUAUUCUCACUUUCACUAGGACAAGGACAAGGACCAAUAGCUGUGAAAUUGAUUGACGAAGGUGUCCGCAGCGGCACUUGGGUAGUUCUGCAGAAUUGCCACUUGGCAAAAAGUUGGAUGCCUAUGCUUGAGAAGAUUUGUGAGGGCUUAACUCCUGAUUCAACUCAUCCAGACUUCAGAUUGUGGUUAACGUCGUACCCGGCCGAUCACUUUCCCGUGUACGUGCUACAAAACGGAGUUAAAAUGACGAAUGAGCCCCCGCAAGGUCUUCGCGCGAACAUCGCUCGGUCGUACCAAAGCGAUCCUAUCAAUGAUCCCGAGUGGUUCGAGGGCAACAAGCAGCCGGCGAACUUUAAGAAACUAUUGUUCGCGUUAUGCUUCUUCCAUGCAGUGGUGCAAGAGCGCCGCCAGUUCGGUCCGCUUGGCUGGAACAUCCGCUAUGAAUUCAAUGAGACUGAUUUGCGUAUUAGCGUUACCCAGCUCUAUAUGUUCCUCAAUGAAUACGAGGACGUGCAAUUCGUGGCGCUAAGGUAUUUAACCGGUGAAUGCAACUACGGUGGUCGCGUCACCGAUGACUGGGAUCGGCGCUGCCUCAACACGAUCCUGUACAAGUUCUACAACCCGCGUGCCAUCUACGAAGAUAAAUAUCCCUUGGAACCCACAGAGGUGUACUACAUCCCGACGUUGCGAGAGCAUUCGGACUUCAUAAACUUCGCGCGGUCGCUGCCGGUGGCUACGCCGCCGGGCGUAUUCGGCUUCCACCCCAACGCUGACAUCACCAAACACUUCAGAGAAGCUGGAGAACUACUGGACACAGCUAUACUGACGCAGGACACAAUGGUAGCGGGCGGUGCUGGUGCGACGCCUGAGCAGCAAGCAAUGGCGAUAGCCGAAGACGUUCUAGCUCGUCUCCCCGCCAAUAUAUUGACAGGGCCAUCGCAUGAAGGCGAUAUCAAACCGGCAGACAUGACGCCCAUGUCCAUCGUUGUGAUACAGGAGGCGGCGCGAUACGAACGAUUGGUUAAUGUCGUGCGAACAAGCUCGAGAGCUGUCAUAGGCGCUGUGCAAGGGGUUAGCGUACUGACUGAUGUGACGGAAGAGGUGUUGACGAGCAUGGUGCGCGGUCGCAUCCCCGCUCUGUGGGCCAGCAAGAGCUACCCUUCACUCAAGCCUCUCGCUGCUUACUUUAACGAUUUGCUAGCGAGACUUGAGUUUUUACAGCACUGGCAUCAGCACGGUCCACCUACGGUAUUCUGGCUGUCGGGAUUCUACUUCCCACAGGCUUUCCUUACGGCAGCACAGCAGAGCUACGCCAGAAAAUACAGGAUACCCAUUGACCAGCUCGCCUUCCACUAUGAGGUUCAAAAGACGUUUAUGCUAGAGCAGCCGCCAGAAGAAGGAGUUUAUAUCCACGGUUUGUAUAUGGAGGGAGCGCGUUGGAACAUGGAAGACUGCUGCAUUGACGAAUCACUCUCUAAGGUGCUCUACGACGAAUUCCCGCCAGUAUGGUUAAUCCCCCUGAAGCGUGACGACAUCCCUGAAGACGUGUUCUACAACUGCCCCUUAUACAAGACGGGCGAUAGGCGCGGCGUACUUUCCACCACGGGCCAUUCCACCAACUAUAUUUUAUUCAUGCGACUACCAACCAAGAUGGAUCCCGACCACUGGAUCAUGCGAGGCGUGGCGCUCCUUACACAAUUACCCUUCUAGAUCAGCACAAAGCGUUUGAUAAAUAAUAAAAUAUUAGACCGUGGUCGUUGAUUUCAAAGCUAAGCAGAGACUACGUUUUCUACCAUUGCCUCAAUACUAAAAUACUAUUUCACUGUGGGUUCUAGAAGGACUGCAACAUAAAUGAUUAUCCUAUUCAUGCAUGAAUAUGGAUCUCGGCAUUGGAUCAUGCAAAGCGUGGCGUUACUAACACAACUCUUCCAGAUCAGAAUAAACAUUAGAUAAGUCGUGAUUUAUGAUGCCAAUAUAAACUAUGUUGUAUUUGCGGCUGCCCACCAAGAUGUAUGUAGAGCCCUGGACUAUUUACACAACUAAUCUGAACACCAUCUGAAUAUAAGACAGCCGUAUUUGACUCCAAGUCUAAGACAAGACCACGAGUUCCACAACUGGCCCAGUACGAAACUAGCUACUAAAUAUUUGUAUCGAAAUGGCAAAGUUUUUAUGGAAAAAGCUAGUUUGUUCUUACUUCCGGUAGCGGCGCUGCUUAAUUUCCAUAGAAACUUUGACGAUGGCGUUACGAAUAAGUUCGUGCUUGGGAUACUAAGCCAACCGCUCUCACUGAGCUAACUGAAAUUAUGUGUUAUCGAGUUUGAACAUAUAAAAAAUAUUUCACUUUUUUCCUUAUGAGGGUUACUCAAUAAUAGUUCUUAAAUAUUUCAUUCAUAUGGUGGCCUACGUUUUACUUCAGUUGAAAAACCAAUCUACCUUUACUGAACUUUACUUAAUAACGUUAAUUAACGCUUCUUUACUGACUCGCCAAAAGCCUGUCAUUUUUAAAUUUGGUGCAUUAAUUUAUAUUUAAGUUAUAAUUUAAUGCAGCAGUUCAAUUACGAUUAUUUGAACUACAAUCAUUUUAAAAAGUUUGUUUUACCUAACUUAUUUAGUUUUCUGUGAUAUUUUAAAUCUUUACUGUAUUUCUCUCAAUCCUUUGAGACGACUUGUGACCUUUCGUUGGUUUUGGUUACCUAUUAUUAUUUUAACUAUUUUUAAGACAUUGUAUGCGUCAAAGUUGUGAAAAUAUAUUUUAUCGAUUAUUAGUAUUUGUAUAUAUUUAGUAAUAUUAAUCUAUUUUUUUUGUUCUUAAUAGAGAUGCCAACAUUCACAUAUAUCGCUAGGCUACCUUCUUUGCGGAAAUUUACUGAAAAUUGAUCUCGUCGCGUUCAUAAAUACAUACCUAUGUCAUACUCAUAUCGUGCGCAAUCUGGUUAUUACUGUCCCAGAAUGGGUGGGUGGGUGGUGUGUAAAACAGUUUCAUAAAUGUCGUAAUAUAAUUACAGUAAUUUUCUGGUAAAAUACUGAUGACCUCUACAGAUACCGUCUAGAAAAUAUACAUAUUACAGAACAUUGUGGCAUCUCUUUCAGUUAGAAAAGAAAUAAAGUUUAUUUUUAAUUAGGUUAGAUUUCAUGUACCUAUUGUCUAGUCAUAAUUAUUUUUCUUAAAGUACUACCUAAAAUAAAAACCAAAGUUCGUG